AUGCCCAAACAAAUGCACUUGAACUCUUUCGUGAACGCUCUUCCAUAUGACAAUGGAAGUAGAUUGUUGUUCACAAGUCACAUAACUCAUAGGGACAUAAAUGUACGCGAUGAAGAUGUUCAUCGGAUGAAAGCUUUGGAUCCUAAGAAGAGCUGGCAAUUGUUUCUGAAAACAAUAAACCAUGGCAACAAAUUGGCGGGUAAGCACAAAUUCCCAAUGAAGUUGGAGCAUAUGGGAAAACAAAUGUUGAGAAAAUGUGACGGUCUGCCAUUAGCUAUAAAAGAGGUGGGAAGGCAGUUAGCGGAAAAGAAAGUCUCAGGAGGGAGUGAAUGGGAACAACUUCUUGAAUCAGUUGAUUUUGGUUCAACAUUGAAGUUAUUGGAACCAUUUUAUCAUAAAUUGGAUCCCAUGCUCGAGUCAUGUUUCUUGUGUAUGGCCUUCUUUAAGAAAAAUACAACUUUGAGGGCAGAAAAGUUGUCACAGAUUUGGAUUGCAGGAGGAGUAGUGGAUUCCGAAGAUGACUGUAAACCAUAUUUAGAUGGUUUAAUUAAUGAAUCUGUUAUUGAUGUCAAGGACAAGAGCACGAAUUAUGAAAUGAAUGCUAUGCUACACAUGCUAUCCAUCCAAAAAGCAGAGGAGAAACUUAGUUUUGAGAUCCUAAGGAACAAUGGAAAUAAUCGACCCUCUGAGAGUCCUCGUCAUCAUCGUGUUAUCAUUUGUAGCAGAGACAAGUUCAACUACUCCACGGAUCAAGAUAAACAUCUUGUUUCUCUCUUCUUCCAUGGAGGUGGCUACUUCGACACUAGUCCGUCUUAUUGGAAGAGCUUUGAACAACGACUUAGGAUACUUGACUUGGAAGAUUUUGGGUUGAAGUUUUUACCGGAAACUAUCGGCACAUUGAUGGAAUUAAGAUACUUGGGGUUGAGAAAUAAUUUCAUAAGAGUGCUCCCAAUCUCAUUGGGGUGCUUGAAAAAGCUUGAGGUUCUUGACAUAGCUCAAGACUUUAUGGUAGAGGUGCCAGAUAUUAUAUGGGAAAUGCAUCGGCUUCGCCACCUCUACUUGUCUGAUGUGAUUUUCCAGAAGCCUUUGAAGGUAGAUGCGCUAUGGAAUCUGGAGACAUUAACCUACGUCUCGGUGGAUAAUUGGACAUAUGAGCUCUCGAGCUUAAAAAAAUUGACUUUGCUUAAGAAAUUGGGCAUAGAAGAAUUGGAUGGAAACUCAGAUGUAAGCAAGCUCUUUCCAUCAUUGGUUGUGUUGGAGGGUCUUAAACACCUAAUCUUAAGAGGGUAUCGUUUCAGAAGCAUGCCUUGUUUAGAUGAGCUUAGUAUUCUACAUAGGCUCGAAACACUCAAAUUGGAUGGAAUCCUUGCCAGGCUUCCAACAAGUUUCCCUCCAAAGAUUAAAUCAUUGACGUUGGUUAAUAGCUGUCUUGAUGAAGACCCCAUGCCAUUACUAGGGAAGUUACCCAAGCUAAAAUACCUCAAAUUGCGGAAUGCAUACACUGGUCAACAAAUGGUGAUCUUGCACAGCAGCUUCCAGUGGCUUCAAGUCCUGUGCAUCGAAGAGUUGUGCAAUCUGAGAAACAUACAAGUUGAAAAAAGUGCAAUGGGUUUGCUAUGGUUCACAAAAUUAGAAAUCCACGAUUGUCCAAAUCUGGAUGCUCUCCCGGAAGAGAUCGUGUCGAAGUUUUCUUUCACAGAGUUAAAGAUGGUGACAACCAAAAGCAUUGCAACAAAGAUGAGGAAUUCAGACUUAAUCUCCAAAAUAAAGGUCGUGAAUAUCAAUCCAUGA